AUGUACUGUCGGCUGACUGGGGUUACGAACAGCGCUUACGACAAUUUGGUAAUCAAGACCACCCCUGUGGAAAUACAGGCUGGUCAACUUUGUGAAUAUUGCGACUCGAAAGUACCUGACCAGUCCCACCCGGCCAGCUAUGCUGUGGACGGAUCCGAAAAAUGGUGGCAGAGCCCGCCCUUGUCCAGAGACGUUUGUUCACGUCGCAAAUUUGAAAUUAUCUGCACGCCUGAACAUAUCCACACACACGCAAUCGUUCGUCUAUCGUUCUAUUUCUUCUCUUUCUCCCUCUCUCACUCCCUCUCUCUCCGCCCACAUUCUCACUUUCUCGAUUUUAUACACAUUUUUUUUCUCUCUCUUCGCUUUCUUUAUUCAUACUCUCGUUUUGUCUUUUCACACGCUAGAUCUUUCUUAUACUCUGUCUUUUUCACAUUCUCUCUUUACACACGUUCAUUUUACAGACGCCCUUUUUUCACUCACUUUCUUUACACACUCUCUCUCUUUUUACGUUUUCUCUCUUUUUCACAUUCUCUCUCUAUUUUUAACCUUCUCUCUUUCUUUUUUCACCAUCUUUCUCUUCACGUUCUCUCUCUCACUCUCUCUCUCUCUCUCUCUUCACACUCUUUAAACUCGUUCAUUUUAGACGUCCUCUCUUUUCACUCCCCUUCUAUACAUAUCUCUCACGUUUUCUCUCUCAUUUCCACGUUAUCUCUUCGCUCUCUCUUUGAUUCUUUACUUUUUAUUUCAUUUCUCCCCCCCCUCUCUCUCUCUUUAGUUUCGCUGUCUUCCUUCAUUUUCUCUCUACUUUUCAUGUUCUCUUUCUCUUUUUCUCUCUGUAGACGUCUGCAUGCCCACUCUUUCUCUCUCUCUCUCUUUGCCUUUCUUCUUCUUCUUCUCCCAGUCUUUAUUUUCUUUCUGCUCUUGCAAAUGAACGCAGUCACUCUCGAACGAAGAUCUAGAACUGUGUCCUGA